UGCUGCACUGAAUCUGUCACAGUGCAGGGAGGUAAUAGGCAUCGCAAGGGCCUUUUAUCAUACACACACAUAUGCUAUUCUUCUGCUGUCCUUUGCAGUGCAUAAAAUGCAUUAGUGCACUAAGAUGAAUGCAUCUGCUUACGGUCUUUCACAUAAAGAUGAAGAAUUAGUUUAUGCUGCAGGAUUUCUGGCUGCCUUUGGCAGAUCUGCAAGAUGAAUCCAGGACUCAUAGAAGGCCUAAGAGAGUCAGUGUUACCCUACUGGCAGCCUCUGUCUUCCAGCUGCUGCUUCUGCUCCCGAGCCAGAGAGGAGAGUCCCCUCGCCCUGCUGCACACUGGGAGACAAAAGGCCUAAUUCGCCCGCUGAGCACUGCCUCCUCCGUCAUCCGUCCCUCGGCCGCGGCGGUGGCGCUGGUGGCGAUCUUGAUGGUGUUUUGUGAGAAUACGAGGCCUCGACCGAGACUGAUAGCUUCCCAGUGAAGGAGAGAGGGAAGAUGGGGUGGAGGAGGUGGGAGAGGAGGAAGUAGGCUGGAACAGCGGGCUGUUAAAAGCAAGUGCUGAGGCCUCUGCAGGAAGAUUUUUUUCUCCCUGAUUUCUCUCAGAGUGGAAAAAAAAUCUGACACGGGUCUUUUGAAGCUUUUCAGUAUGACCGUAGCUGAAAAAGCACCUAGAGCAUAAGACGCAGACCAGACUGAGCUUCCACUACCAACAGGAUUACUCAGGCAAACGUGUUGUUUCACGGAUGGAAGGCAGCAAGGGAAGGAGGUUUGGCUAAGUGGCUGGACUGAACGAAGACAACAGGGUGACCUACCUAUCAGAACAAGGGAAGGAAUAUGGGAGAUAUGAAGACGCCUGACUUUGAUGACCUACUGGCGGCCUUUAACAUCCCUGACAUGGUGGAUCCUAAAGCUGCUAUUGAAUCUGGCCACCAAGAUGAGCAUGAUGGACAACUGAAACAACAGAGCAAUGGGGGGACUGCCAGUGAAGAUGAGUUUCACAACUCCUACAACACACAUGAUGCUGGUGUUAGUGUGAUUGUAAAAAACAUUCGAAACAUGGACUCAAGUCAACAUGUUGGAACCAAAUCUGAAAAUGAUGAGAAUUUUAACUCCCAUCCCCACAGCACAGUCAAAUGCCAACAGCCUGUUGCCAUUGGAUUUUCUAAUGGCUGUCUACCAACCAUGUCACCAGCUGUUCAAGACACCAAGAAUGGGUGGAAAGUUACCAGAGAUAGUGUGCAUAAAGUUAAUACCCAAUCAUCUACUUUCAGUAAGUUCAGUCCAAUAUCUAGUGCUGAAGAGUUUGAUGAUGAGGACAAAAUUGAGGUUGUUGAUGCAACUGACAUGCAGGGAGGUCAAAUCUUCUUUAAUCCCACUGCUGAAAUGGAGGACCAGAUUUCAAAAUAUUCUGCAGUAGACUGUGCAAUUCCCAAAACAAAGAGAGACAACAAAUCUGGUCAAAACAGGAAUCAGGCGCAAAGCAAGAAAAGCCCUGGCAGAUGUUCUUACAAUCCAUCUCAAUCACCUUUACCAGAAAAAAAAAUUAAAGACAAUGUUUUCAAACUUCAGAGUCAAGAGUCCAGGGGUGUGGGAGAGUCGACAGAGCUUUUUGAUGUGUUAAGUAGCCCCCAAGACAAAUCUAAAUCCUCAACAAACCUGCAUUCUUGUGUAACCGCUAUUGCAUCACUAAGCACCAAAAAGUUGGACACUGAAGAAUUUCAAGCAUUAGAUUCUUUACCAGCAUAUCAAGAACAUGAACAUCGUCCCAAAGCAACAGAUAGACUACAGGAGCAAGAACCAGACAUUGACUUCACAAAGAAUCUUCUUACCAAGGAACCAGAUAGCCCGUCUGAGGUCAUCAGUGAGAACAGCAGCAAAGAUCUCCCCACUUCAAACGCAGACAUCACCCCAGUCAUUCCAAAGGUUAAGAUUAAAACAAUCAAGACUUCUUCCGGGCAGAUCAAGCAUACUGUAACUAGAGUCCUUCCAGAAUUUGACACAGAAGGCUUGAAGAAAGACAAGAAUAGCGCAUGUUUUGUGAGCACCAAAAGCAAAAUUUUUUCAUCAACAACUAGGUCCUCUUUGCCAACAACAGUCGUAGCGACUAGUGGGUGCCCAUCAAUGGAAAUUACAAAACAAAUGAUGAUUAAGCCUGUGGCAACAGCUUUCCUGCCAGUUUCUGCCAUCAAGACAGCCGGUUCACAAGUUAUUAACCUUAAGUUGGCUAACAACACUACAGUCAAAGCAACGGUAAUCCCUGCCGCAUCUGUGCAAAGUGCCAGCAGUGCUAUUCUGAAAGCUGCAAAUGCUAUCCAGCAACAAACUGUCAUGGUACCUGCCUCCAGUUUGGCUAAUCCUAAACUUGUGUCAAAGACAGUGCAUCUUAGUAACCUCAGCGUUCUUCCACAGGCAGUUUCCACUGUUGCCUGUGAUCUUCAGCAGGUCUUGUCCUCCUCCAAACCAUCCCAAAAUCAACGAUCACAAGUUAAACAACAGACUGGUCUCCCUGGCCAGGCCUCUAAGAAAGUUUCUCGGGUUCAAGUGUUCACGAGCUCUCAAAGCUCUGUCGUAGAUGCUUUCAAUAAAGUACUAAGCAGCCUGAAUCCCGUUCCUGUAUAUGUCCCAAACCUCUCUCCACCAACCUCAGCCUGUAUUUCUCUACCCUCCAGGGGCUACAAGUGCCUGGAGUGUGGAGACUCGUUUGCUCUUGAAAAGAGCCUGACACAGCACUAUGAGCGGCGAAGUGUGCGAAUUGAGGUCACCUGCAACCACUGUGCCAAAAGUUUGGUUUUCAACAACAAAUGUAGCCUUUUAUCUCAUGCAAGAGGUCAUAAGGACAAGGGUGUGGUCAUGCAGUGCUCACAUCUAAUCCUCAAACCCAUCCCUGCAGAUCAGAUGAUUAGUUCAAAAAAUGUGCCAGUGCCCCCUAUUAUCACUAGAAAACCCUCUACGUCUCAAGCACAGGCACCUGCAAGUCAAAUCCAAGCUGUGAUUGCUGCUGGUAACCAAACUGCAGUGAUUUCCGCUCCAUGCAGUGCUCCUCUCGUAGCAGCUAUGCCGUUGGAGGAUGAUGCAUCAAAGCUUGGUCGCCACAACUUGAAAUGUUUGGAAUGUAAUGACGUAUUCCAGGACGACAGUUCAUUGGCCAUGCACUAUCAACAAGCACCAGAAUCCAACAAUCAGAAAACAUGCACAGUUUGCCAGAUGCUUCUUCCAAAUCAGUGCAGCUUUCUGUCACACCAGCGAAUCCACCAGCACAAGUCCCCUUAUAUUUGCCCCGAGUGUGGAGCCAGUUGUCGCUCUGUGCACUUUCAGUCCCACGUCACCAAGAACUGCCUGCACUACACACGCAGAGUCGGCUACCGCUGUUUUCACUGUAGCAUGAUCUUUGCUGAUGUUGCGACCCUCAAGUCUCACAUCCAGAACACGCAUUGCGAGGUCUUCUACAAAUGUCCUCUCUGCCCCAUGGCUUUCAAGUCUGCACCAGGAACUCACUCCCAUGCUUACACACAGCAUCCAGGAUCCAAGGCAGGGGAGCCCAAGAUGAUAUAUAAAUGCUCAAUGUGUGAUACAGUGUUCACUCUGCAGUCCCUGCUCUCCACACAUUUUGAUCAGCAUGUUCAAAAUUUCAAAGUUUCCAUUUUCAAAUGCCCUGACUGCUCCAUGCAAUAUGCACAGAAACAGCUCAUGCUGGAUCACAUCAAGGCCAUACAUGGAACCCUGAAAACCGUAGAGGGUCCACCAAACCUGGGCAUCAACCUUCCACUCAGCACAAAGCCCAGUAAUUCCAAUAGCACCCACAGCAACAUCCCUAAAAACAACAACAACAAGGAUGGAGCAAAGGCUUUGGGUAAAGACAAGGGAGAAAAAAAGCCUUCGUCAUCACCGUUGAAGACGACCAACAGCAACUGUGCAGCAGACCUGAGGAGCCCUGUCAGCUCAGGAUACACAUGUGGAGAAUGCAACGCUACCCUCAGGUCCAGGGAGCUCUUCGUGACACACAUGAGACGUGAACACGGCAAGAUACUGAAGAAGCAUCCAUGUCGACAGUGUGAUAAGUCUUUCAGCUCGUCCCACAGUCUCUGCCGACACAACCGUCUAAAACACAAAGGACUACGGAAGGUCUACACGUGCCCGCACUGUCCUGCUCUAAGUCAGCCCUUCACAAAAAGAGUGCUGCUGGAUCAGCACAUUCACAUGAUUCAUGGAGGUAAACACCCGGCAGGACGGACUGAAAAUGUUGAGACUCCAGCUGACAAGCAAACGUCUUCUCAGAGCCGGAGCCCCAAAAGAAAGCCAGACGAAGACGAGGGGUCUCCAGGCUUGAACUACAGGGGUCCCGACUCACAACCGCUGAAGAGACUCAAAGUGAACAUCCUUAAAAAUCACAAAUGUGCUGUUUGUGGCUUCACCACUGAGGACAUCGCUGCUUUCCACAAGCACAUUCCCCAGCACAAAUCUGAUGGCUCAUCCCGCCAAUGUCAGGAGUGUGGACUCUGCUACACCUCCCCCCGCUCGCUGGCCCGGCACCUCUUCAUCGUCCAUCGACUGAAGGAGCUUAAGGGUCUCGGUCGCUACAACGGGAGAGGCAAGGAAGAUGAAGAGAGUCAAUGGGAAAACCAUUUAGAUGUUGUUGAUGAGAACAAUGACGGGACUCCUAAUACCAAAUGUAAGGUGUGCGGGAAGAAGUUUGACACUGAGGGACAUCUGAAGGCUCACAUGAGGACACAUGGGAUGGCGUUCAUAAGGUCAAAGACACUUAGCGCCGCUCAAAAGUGAGAGAAAGAUGAUUUUUAACCAUUCCAUAAAUUCUUUAAAUCUGUGGUACCUCCUAUAGCUGUGGUUAUCCUGUAAAUACAUGAUGUUGUAGUGUACAGCAAUAUGUAAACCGUAGAAUAUGCAUUCUAAAAAUCUUAAUACACAUCAAAGUCUCAUCCGUGUCAUUUAGCAAAUAUAACAAGAAUUGUACAGAAGGAGAUCUUUCAAUAGACCUCGUGUAGAGGUUUUAAAGAUGAUCUGUUUAUUUCCACAAUUUUCUUCUCACUGCAACAACAUAAAUGUGUCCUAUACAAGACAAUGUAAACCAUCACUAUAAUCUGCAUACGAUUAGCAGUAUGCUAAAGUUUUAGUGCUGCUGAUAUCCAAUGAAAGUCUGGCAGAAAAAAAGUUUGAUACCACAGGUACAGGAGUUUACCUUAGUAAGGACCUCAAUUUCAGAUGGUACUCUGAAAUUACAAUGACAACAAAUUAACUGUGUUACUCCAUUGCCACAAUGGAAAAAUGCAGUUGGGAUUCUAUAAAUUACAGGAAAAGUCUUUAUGCCAAAACAAAAAACAAAAAACAAACAAAACAAAAAAACAAGAAGCAAGUCAUUCUGAAGAUUUCUGGACAAUCAGUUUUAAAAUAUGCAUUCAACAAAAAAAGUCUUAGUAAUGAAAAAAUGGGAAAUGAGUUUGAAACUUGAAUGUUUAUUGAUCUUGUAAAAUGAUGAUAUGUUGUUGCAUAAAAACCCUGGGCCAAAUUUAAGAACAACUGUCCAAGUUUGUAAAGUUAGCGUUUCAUCUUUCUCCAGAUAUUCUCUUCAUGGCAGCUCUGAGAUUAUAGUUCAUCUAAAUAUAUUUUACCAAAAUACUUAAAACAUGAAAUAUCAGUCUUUUUAUAAUAUUAUAGUAGAAACGGUGAACACAAGAUUAACCUAAACAUGACAUUUUAAACUGUGCAAAAAAUAUAUAUUAUUUAAUUGUAUAGCAUAUAUCUAGUUUUUUUGUUGACUUUAAUACCAUUUUGUAUGUUUUAAUUUGUAGGUUGAUGUUGGAACCAUGAUGAAUGUGCACUGCCUCAAACAUUGGUGAAAAUGAAUGUAACGUUGGCAGUGAAGCUGAAUUUUUCAUAGCACACAGCUAGUAUAAUAAAACACUAUCUCAGUAGUG